AGAGAACACGAUCCUUUUUUACAGCCUAGAAGAGAAGAAUUGCAUCACUACGACGCUAUUCCAUCCCUCUUGCAUCAAUCGACCCCCCUUCAAUUCGAUCCAUCGAUCUGAUGUUCUGCAGUUUCAAGCUAAGGAGCCUCCUCUUCCUUUGGCGAGCUCUAACGCUGGCGUUGGUCUCCUUUAUCUCCCAAUUCCUCUGGUGAACCAUCGCUGCGACGGCUUGGAUUUGGUUCUGGGUUCGCAGUCUGCCUCUUGUGAUGCAUCACCAUCGCCGGUGGAGGGCCGACGACGAUGGGAUCAAGGGAUUACUAUGAGAUCCUCAACGUCGACCGGAGCGCCAUCGAUGACGACCUCCGCAGGGCCUACCGGCGGCUGGCCAUGCGGUGGCACCCCGAUAAGAACCCCGCCGGCAAGGCAGAGGCCGAGACCCGGUUCAAGGAGAUCACCGAGGCGUACAACGUGCUCAGCGACGCAGACAAGAGGGCGGUGUACGACCAGUACGGGGAGGAGGGCCUCCGGGGAGAUGUGCCGCAGCCCGGCGGCGGCGGAGGCACCGACGACAUCUUCGCGGAGUUCUUCGGGAGCACGCCGUUCACGUACUGCAGCACGGCCAGCAGCGGGAGGCAGCCCCCACCGCCCCCGAAGUGGGACAGCGGGUUUGGCAGGGCGUUCCGGCGCGCCCAGGGUGGUGGUGGUGGUGCCGCGUCGUCGAGAAUGGCGCCGCCGCCGCCGCCCGUGGAGAGCAGGCUGGCGUGCACCCUGGAAGAGCUCUGCAUGGGCGGCACCAAGAAGAUGAGGAUCUCCCGGAACUUGGUCGAUGCCAGCGGGAAGACGAAGACAGAGUCCGAGAUUUUGUGGAUCGAGGUGAAGCCCGGUUGGAAGAAGGGCACCAAAAUCACGUUCGCCGGUAAGGGCAACCAGCAGUGGAACCAGCUCCCCGCCGAUCUGGUCUUCGUGGUCGACGAGAAGCCCCACCCCGUGUACCGGCGUGACGGCAACGACCUGUUGGCCGAGGUCCGUGUGACGCUCGCCCAGGCGCUGGGCGGCACGGUCGUCGUCCUCACCGCGCUCGACGGCCGCGAGCUCGCCGUCGACGUGGGCGGCGGCGGCGAGGACGAGGACGAUGAGGACGACGCGCCCGUGGUGUGCCCCGGCUACGAGCUGGUGCUGCCUGGCGAAGGCAUGCCCAUCGCGCGCGAGCCCGGGCGCCGAGGCAACUUAAGGAUCCGGUUCGACGUCGCGUUCCCGGAGCGGCUCACGCGCCGGCAGCGGGCAGAGAUCAAGCGCGCGCUCGAGGACAGUACCGGUGUCUGCUAGCAAGUAGCAAUACAGGUGUGAUGUGUCCGCUGUCCGCUUGGCGAUGACAGUGUGGCGUUGUGCUCCUGCUGCUGCGUGCGCCUCGAACCCUUGAAUAUGGGAAACAGAUUCGUGGCCUCGUGGGUGUUGACGUCCAUUUUAUAAACACUACACUGGAAUGAACUAUUUGGUGGUGCUCUCUACAAGGUGCGGAUGGUUUGUG